UCGCGGUUCGCGGCGCUUCGUGUGGGUUCAUCGCCGGUGUCCCCCGUUGUCCCCUCGCGGUGCCGCUAUGCCCCCCCGCCUCCGCCUGCCCCCCCGCGGCCCCCUGAGCCUCGCAGAGAUGCCGGGACCCACCUCCGCCGCUUUCCUCUAUGAGCUGCUGGGGCGGGGGGGGCUGCGGAGGCUGCACGAGCUGCAGGUGCAGGGCCGCUCUCGCUACGGGCCGGUGUGGAAGGGGCGCUUCGGGCCGGUGCUGACGGUGCACGUGGCGGAGGCGGCGCUGAUCGAGCAGGUGCUGCGCCAGGAGGGGCCCUGCCCGGUGCGCUCCCACCUCUCCUCCUGGAAGGACCAUCGCCUGUGCCGCGGCCACUCCUGCGGGCUGCUCACCGCGGAAGGUGCGGAGUGGCAGCGGCUGCGGCGGCUCUUGGGGCGACCGCUGCUGCGCCCGCGCGGGGCCGAGGCCUUCGCCGCCCCGGUGGCCGCGGUGGUGACGGAUCUGCUGCGGCGGCUGCGCCACCAGCGCCACCGGCACCCCGCGCACCUCGUCCCCGACGUCGCCCACGAGUUCUACAAGUUCGCCCUGGAAGGGAUCUCCUCGGUGCUCUUCGCCUCCCGUUUGGGCUGUUUGGAGCCGGUGGUACCGCGGGACACCGAGACCUUCAUCCGUUCCAUCAACACCAUGUUCGUCUUGACGUUGGUCACCAUGGCAAUGCCCAAGGUGCUCCACCGCCUCUUCCCCGGGCCCUGGAGGACCUUCUGCGAGGCCUGGGACUUCAUGUUUGCCUUCGCCAAGGACCACAUUGACCGGCGCGUGGCGGCACGCGGGGAAGCGUCGGAGCAGCUGUGUCUCACCGACCAGUUGGCCCAGGAGAAGGUCCCCAUGAAGGUCAUCUACGGCAACGUCACCGAGCUGCUGCUGGCCGGCGUGGACACGAUCUCCAGCACGCUGACGUGGAGCCUGUACGAGCUGGCGCUCCACCCGGAGCUGCAGGAGAAGGUCCACCAGGAGCUGGUGACGGCCAUGGGUGAUGGCGGUGACACCGCGGGCGCUGCGAUGCCGAGGGUCCCUCUGCUGAGGGCGGUGGUGAAGGAGACACUGAGGCUCUACCCCGUCGUUCCCGCCAACGCCCGGGUGGUCCCCGACCGCGACAUCCUCGUGGGCGACUACGUGGUGCCGCGCCAGACCCUCGUCACUCUCUGUCACUUCGCCACCUCCCGCGACGGCCGCGUCUUCCCGGAACCCAAUUCCUUCCUUCCCGAGCGGUGGCUGUGCCGCGACGCCGCCCGUCACCCCUUCGCCUCUCUGCCCUUCGGCAUCGGCAAACGCAGCUGCGUCGGCCGCCGUCUCGCCGAGAUGGAGAUCCACAUGGCGCUGGCGCAGAUCCUCCUGCGCUUCCAGGUGCGGCCGGAGCCCGGCGGGCGCCGCGUCCGCCCCAUGACCCGCACGGUGCUCGUCCCCGAGGCCACCGUCAACCUCCAGUUCCUCGACCGAUGAGCGCGUGCCGACGGGGAGGUGGCCUUGACCUCGGCUUGACCUCUUUGAUGGGGACCUUGACCUCUUUGAGGGGGCCUUGACCUCGAUGGGGGCCUUGACCUCAAUGUUGGGGGCCUUGACCUCGAUGGAGGUCUUGACCUCAUCAGGAGCCUUGACCUCCAUGUUGGCCUUGACCUUGAUGGAUGUUGGCCUUGACCUUGUUGGGGGCCUUGACCUCCAUGUUGGCCUUGACCUUGUGGGGGGCAUUGACCUCAAUGGGGGUCUUGACCUCAUCAGGAGACUUGACCUCAAUGGGGGCCUUCACCUCUUUGAUGGGGGCCUUGACCUCGAUGGUGGCCUUGACCUUGUUGGUGGCCUUGACCUCA